GCUGUAAUUUAGGUGUCACGCUUUCUGUCUUUGCUCUCUUUACAGACAACAGUAAGAUGGCCUCGGCACAUGACAGAGCUGUACUCCAGGCUAUAUUCAACCCCACCACCCCCUUCGGAGACAUCCCUGGCCUGAACCAAGAGGAGGAAUUAAUUGAUGACGACAGUGGCUUUGACACAGAGUUGCUGAAGCAAGUGAAAGAGUUGGAGAUGCGGGGCGUCUCGGAAGCAGAGGCUGGGGAUUUGCAAGCCGCACUUCAACUGUUCAGCCAGGCAAUCCAGAUCCUGCCUCAGCGAGCCUCAGCCUAUAACAACCGGGCGCAGGCCCUGCGGCUGCAGGGGAACACAGCAGGAGCCCUGGGGGACCUGGACCAAGCCAUCUCUCUGAGCGGCGGCACUGGACGGACCGCCUGCCAGGCGCUGGUGCAAAGAGGCCUUUUGCGUAAAUUAACAUGCCAGGGUGACGGAGCCAGAGCAGAUUUCGAGAAAGCAGCUGCACUUGGAAGUGAAUUUGCUCGACAGCAGGCUGUGGUUCUUAAUCCGUACGCAGCCCUGUGCAACAAAAUGCUGUCGGAGGUGAUCAACAAACUACGGAACCCUGAGGUGUCUGAGAGGCUGUAGUUGUGUCACUUGUACACCUUUUUCUGUUAUGAAGUCUGGGGUUAAUAAAUGAAAUAUUUUUGCUUUUAA